AUGGAGAAAACAAAACAAAAGUGGAAUGUAGGGAUCAAUAAGACACUUGCAUACAGAGCUAAGUCAAUUCCAGUUGACAUUGUAGAUGGUUCUUUUAGGGAUCAAUAUACAAGAAUCCAUGAUUAUGGACAUGAGCUUUUAAGGUCCAACCCUGGUUCAACUGUGGUUAUUAGUAGUCAACCAAGUCAAGGUGGAGAGGACAAUACUGAGAAUCUUGAUAGGCCUUUGAAUCCACACUUCCAAAGGAUCUAUAUCUGCUUCAAAGCUUGCAAGGACAGUUUCUUCAAGUGUAGACCUAUUAUAGCAAUUGGGAAGGAUCCUAAUGAUCAAAUGCUGCCCAUAGCAUAUGCUGUAGUUGAGGGAGAAACCAAAGAUUCUUGGAGCUGGUUUUUGGAAUUAUUAACAACUGAUUUGGGAGGUGUCAGAAUAUGCAAGACAUACACAUUUAUAAGUGAUCAACAAAAGGGUUUGUUACCUGCACUUGAAGAGUUGCUACCAAGAGUUGAUCAAAGGUUUUGUGUUAGGCACUUAUAUAGCAAUUUCAAGAAGAAGUUUCCUGGUGUCAAAUUAAAGGAGUUGAUAUGGAAGGCUGCUUAUGCAAGUCAUCCAAAUGCUUGGGAGAAAAUUAUGAGACAGAUUAAAGAUGAGAAUCCAGAUGCCUUUAAUCACAUUUGGAAGAUCCCACCUAGGUUUUGGAGUAAAUCAAUGUUUAAAAGUGGUCCAAAGUGUGACACUUUGGUGAAUAACAUGUCUGAAGCAUUUAACUCUGUCUUUGUAACUGCAAGAGCCAAGCCCAUUGUGACUAUGCUUGAAAAGAUUAGGGUGUACCUGAUGAUGAGAUGGGAGUCUAACAGGAAAAGGAUUGCAAAAUAUAAUGAUACUGUUCUGCCCAAUAUCAGAAAGCAGUUGGCAAAACAAUCUCAGCUGACUAACUAUUGGAUGGUUAGGCGUGUAGGUGAGGUAGAAUAUGAGGUUAGGCACAUAACAAUCAUAGAAGAAAAGUAUUCUGUUAAUCUGUCAAAGCAUGAAUGUUCAUGUAGAAUAUGGAUGCUGACUGGGCUACCAUGUUGUCAUGCAUAUGCAUGUUUGAAGGAUCAACGAUUAAAAGUAGAUGAUUUUGUUCCUGAUUAUUACAAAAAGGAGUGCUAUGAAGCAUGCUAUACUCCUGUGAUAUAUCCGGCCAAUGGAGCUACUCUUUGGACCAAGACAGAUGCUGUUGACCUACAACCACCUCCUAUAAAAAGACAACCUGGUAGACCCAAAAAGAAAAGGAACAAAGAGGCUGGGGAACAAGUAAGAAGUGCAACACAGCUUAAAAGGGCAAAGUUUGGUAUCAAGUGUAGUAGGUGCAAUAAGGAUGGCCACAACAAGGCCACUUGCAAGUUGCCACCAACUGUGACUACUACUCCAUCAAGCCAACAAACUGAGACUACUACUCCAUCAAGCCAACAACCAACAACAAAUGCGACCACUGCUCCAUCAAGCCAACAACCAACAACAAAUGUUUCUUCUGCUACACCAACAACAAAUGUUUCUUCUGCUACACCAACAACAACUGUUUCUUCUGCUACACCAACUACAAGCUCAUCUCAACAACCACCCAAAAAGAAAAAGAGACUUCAAAAGGGUCCCAAAAAGCAAGUUGCAAGCCAGCCCUAA